GAGCUAGAUGCUGAACAUGCACAGAAGGUUUUGGAUAUGGAGCAGACCCAGCAGAUGAAGCUAAAGGAACGUCAGAAGUUCUUUGAAGAAGCCUUCCAGCAGGACAUGGAGCAAUACCUUUCUACAGGAUACUUGCAGAUAGCAGAGAGGCGAGAGCCGAUCGGAAGUAUGUCUUCCAUGGAGGUGAACGUGGACAUGCUGGAACAGAUGGACCUAAUGGACAUGUCUGACCAAGAAGCACUCGAUGUCUUUUUAAACUCAGGAGGCGAAGACAAUAAUAUGCUUUCUCCCAUGCUGGGGCCUGACUCCACCACCUGUGUGAAUGAGUUCAGUCUCCAGGUUCCCAGCCAGUCUGAGCUGCGACAGAAACUGUCCUCGCUGUCAUCAACCUGCACCGACUCCGCCAGCCAAGACGUGAGCGAAGGGGAGUCUCCCGUGGUCCAGUCCGACGAAGAGGAAGUGCAAGUGGACACGGCUCUCGCUGCUGUGGCUGAAGGAAAGGGCGCUUCGGAUGCUAGCGAUGAAAGUGACUCUCAGACUAUGUGAAUCUUAAACCCAUAUCCUUUAAGAAUGACUUCUGAAUGAAUGAACCAGGGAAUGAAGAGCUUGCCUGUGUAACAAUGUGCUAACCAAGCAGAACAGCCAGAUCUUUUUACUCAGUAAUACAGCCUUUUUACAAAACUGCCAGUCAUGUGGAGGUUCGUUUUUAAAAACAAAUCAAAAAUAAAAUGCCUAAAGCACACACACUUUAACAGUAGGCUGGGGGCUCAGGGGAGCAGCAAAGCUGUUGUAUAUACUAUGUAUAAGAGAAUUAAAGGCGAAGGAUACAAGUUGCUUUGACCACUAACCUUUAAAUGGCUGAUGGGAAACACUUAGCCUUGAUGUGUAAUGCCGAACCCAAAUUGUUCCUUGCAUGUUUUCAGCUGCUGCAACUGAAGAGUUAGGAUCCAAACCAAAAUGAAAAGUUAUUAUUUUCUACUCUUUACUACCUACUGU